AGAACUCCAUCCGACACAAUCUGUCCCUCCAUAGUCGCUUUGUGAAAGUCCAGAAUGAAGGAACAGGGAAAAGCUCCUGGUGGAUGGUCAACCCAGAAGGCGGGAAAGGUGGCAAAGCUCCCCGACGACGGGCUGUAUCGAUGGAUAACAGCAAGUACAUCAAAGGAGCCCGAGGACGUGCCACCAAGAAGAAAGCCUCGCUGCAGGCAGCUCAAGAUGGCAGCUCAGAGAGUUCCUCGAGCCUCUCCAAAUGGACAGGAAGUCCCACCUCCCGCAGCAGUGACGAGCUGGACGCCUGGACAGACUUCCGCUCCCGGACCAAUUCCAACGCCAGCACACUCAGCGGUCGUCUGUCCCCAAUCCUGGCCAACCUUGAGCUGGAUGAGGUGCCUGACGACGACUCGCCUCUCUCCCCGAUGCUGUACUCCAGCCCCAGCAGCAUGUCCCCGUCCACGGGGCCCACAGGGCUCUCUGACCUGGCAGGUACCAUGAACCUCAACGACGGGCUCUCUGACAACCUGAUGGACGACCUUUUAGACAAUAUCAGCCUGACAGCAUCCCAGCAGCCUCCUCCUGGAGAGGAAGACGACGGAGCCAACGGUCAGGGGACCUCAGUGUUUACCUUCAGCUGCUCAGGAAGCGGUCUGGGUAGCCCCUCUGGCAGCUAUGGGCCUAACCCUCUUUUUAGCCCUCCGUCCAUCACAAGCCUGCGGCAGUCGCCCAUGCAGACCAUCCAGGAGAACAAGCAGACCACCUUCUCCUGCAUCCCGCACUUCAGUGACCACCAGACGCUGCAGGAUCUGCUCAGCCUGGACUCCCACAGCCACAGCAACGUCCUGCUCACCCAGUCUGACCCGCUGAUGUCGCAGGCCAGCACCGCCAUUGCCCUGCAGAACUCCCGCCGAAACGCCAUGCUGCUCCGCAAAGACCACAUGUUGGUGAACCAAACCAGCGCAGGUCAGGCCCAAAGCUCUUCAGUGCCUGGUUGGCAAGCUGGCUUGUCAACCUCUGACGGCGACACCAAGCAGCCGCACCUGAAGUCUCCCAGCAAGAACGCCUCUAUGCAGCUCGGCUCUGGUUUGUCUGGCCAGGACCGCUUUCCUGCCGAUCUGGACCUGGAUGUGUUCAACGGCAGUCUUGAGUGUGACAUGGACUCCAUCAUCCGCAAUGAACUGAUGGAAGCAGAUUGCCUGGACCUUAGCUUCGACUCUUGCCUCACCUCUGCCCAGAACGGCAAUAGGAAUUCAGGAAGCUUCUCCAGCUCAAAACAGACCUCCCCUCACAGCUGGGUCCCAAGCUGAGAAGCUCUGUCGGAACUCAGCAUGGCUUAAAAAAAAAAGAAGUUUGGGGGGAAAUGUAAUUGGGGUUCGUGGUGCAACUAGAGGAAAAGUAUGUAAAAGUGUAUUCAUGUAGUAUUUUUUCCCCCAUUAUUUUUAAUGUGAGGCAUUAAGUUUGGUACUGUAUUCUAAGUGUCUGAGACACACUAUGGUGUCUUCACAGAGGAGAAAAAAACGUCUUUAAAAAGAUCAAUGCCUGGGCGGUGUGAACAACAGUAUUGACUGGAAUUGAAGUACAGGACAUUUUGUUAAAACUAUAUAAAAAGCAUCAACUCGUGUUAGUCUCAGGGAAUCACUCAUACAGUAUCACAAAGUGAUACAUGAAACUGACGAUGAAUUAUGUUUUCACCCUGCUUUCUCUCCUCUUUCACACCCUUUCAUACCUAAAAACCAACGUUUUUGCCAAACCAGCUGUCAGCCUGUUGAGAGUGACAGCCUGUUUACAGAAAAAAGCUGCAGAGAAUGUUACAUAAUUACGUUCCAGUGGAGGAUACUUGACAAGCUUUUUUUAUGUUGUUUUAUUUUCUACAGUUUCUUUGAGAGACGUAGCCUAAAUGGACUAAAAGAUUUAAAAACAAGUGUUAAUGAAAAACUUUUUUUUUGUUUGUUUUUUUCCAUUGAUGCACAGAAUCACGCACCAAAUAUCAAUCUGUAGAGGUUAAUAUGUUAUCAAGAUGUGAACUGGUCUACAUUGUGUGGUUUUUUUGUAUGUAAUGUUUUAUUUUUAUUUAGCGAAUUUUACCCUGUGAUUUUAGUGACAUUACUGUGAAUUCUGUUCCUUCUGAAGAGGUGCAUUACUGAAGUCUUGAUAAUAUGGUGUUUCUGCUGCGGAUACCCUUUUCACCAUCUCCACCUUCCUCCUCCUCCUCUUCCUCCCCCACUCGUACUGCAAUAUUGGAAGUACUGCUCAGUAUACAGAGUUUAGGACAGAAUUAAAGGACCGUGACAUGAUUUAGCUCUAGUUGACACCAUUUACAUUAGCAAACACUUAGAACUAUUUGGAUUAAAAGUAACCACCCUUAGAGACUCCACAGCACUCGACUACAAUAUUUUGUUAAUUUGAAGGAGUUCUUGGUGCUAUAAAUAAGAAGAUAGCAGGGAGUGGCUGCAGAUGGAGCAGCAUUAGUAGCCUCCCUUUGGUUAUCAGCACUAUAGCAGGUGCUUGGCAAAACAGCGUUUCCAACCCUGUGAGAGGAGGUCGUGUAGUAUAUUAGAGCCAUUUUUUUUGCCAUUUCAGAAAGAAACGACCACAGUAUUUUAAAUAUUGCCAAAAUAUUUCUGCAUUUAAAUAAGUGGAAAUAAGAGGAUAUACAGUGUAUAAAUAUUAGGAACCAGUGCUAUAAGGGCAAAAAAAUAAACAUCAGCACAGUUUUUGUAGGAACAGCAGGAUGAACUUUUUUAGUUUUAGUUUACAUUUUUAUCAGCUGGAAACUGUCCAUUUUCACUGAAAUUGUCUUCUUGUUAAAUUGAAAUCUUAUUUAUUUUUAUGCUUUUCCAUAUGACUUGUGGUAGAGCUGUGUAGAAGCACUUUUGUUUUAAAGGUCUGUUCGACAUUUUGACCACCUCAAUCGGGUAUUGAUCAGACUGACGAAGAACGGCAAAUGGUGCCUGAAAUAGUGCCCUCCAUUAGCGUUGUUGACAUUGAACUGAACUGACAUGAAUUGAAUCCCAUUUGCUUAAUUUUUGAUUUUACAAAAAUCUAUUCUAUAACUGUGCUUCCAAAUAUGAUUUUGGUAGCUUCACGAGGAUGAUUUUGUUUUAAAAAUACAAGAUACUGACUUGUUUUUUCUACAUUCAUUUUGAGUAACACUCACUGCCAAUAUUCAAACACCAUUUCUUCCUAUUGCUCCUACAAAAAAAGAAAAAAAGAAAUCAAGUUGACAUUGCCAGUUGUAAUUCCAAUUCCUAUCUUGGUUGUAUCAGAGAUGGUGCAUGUAAAUAAAGCUUAAAGAACCAC